AGAGCGGAAAGGGAGCUGAGGGCGGGGCGGAGCUGUGCUGAGACGGGGUAGCUGCGCACUGAGUCGCUUCCUUACCUGGGGCAGCAGCCGGGCCCGAGCGCCCCGGAGGGUUCGCCGUUCGCCGCCAUUAUAAUAAUAAUCACCAUGCCUCUCUUCGCCUCUAACCCCUUCGAGCAGGAUGUGGAAAAAGCCACAAAUGAGUACAACACAGCUGAAGACUGGGGAGUUAUUAUGGAUAUAUGUGACAAAGUUGGAAGCACUCCUAAUGGAGCAAAAGAUUGCCUCAAAGCCAUUUUGAAGAGAGUAAAUCACAAGGUACCCCAUGUUGCUCUGCAGGCACUAACUCUAUUGGGAGCCUGUGUUUCAAACUGUGGAAAGAUUUUUCACUUAGAAAUUUGCUCUCGCGACUUUGCCAGUGAAGUACGAGUUAUUAUAAACAAGGGUCAUCCUAAAGUAUGUGAAAAGUUAAAAGCUUUAAUGGUUGAAUGGUCAGAAGAAUUUCAGAAAGACCCACAGUUCAGUCUAAUAUCAGCAACUAUUAAAUCUCUUAAGGAAGAAGGGGUUACAUUUCCUACCUCUGCAUCACAGAGUCCCUCAGCUGUUACCAAGAAUGGUGCAUCAUCAAGCAAAAACAAAGAGGAUGAAGAUAUAGCUAAAGCUAUUGAAUUAUCUUUGCAAGAGCAAAAACAACAAACAGAAACAAAACCUUUAUACCCACCUGUAGAAGUUCACCCAAGCAAUCAGAAAAUUUCAAGAAAGGUGCGCGCCUUAUAUGACUUUGAAGCUGUCGAGGACAAUGAACUCACCUUUAAGAGUGGAGAUAUAAUUGUUGUUUUGGACGACAGUGAUGCCAAUUGGUGGAAAGGAGAAAAUCACAGAGGAGUAGGAUUGUUUCCAUCUAAUUUUGUGACCUCUAACUUAAACGAUGAGCCUGAGUCAGCUGCAACUGUGGAGAAAAGUUCUUCUGCUGAAGACACAACAGAGGAAGUUACAAAAGCUGAGCCUGAGCCCGUUUACAUAGAUGAGAGUAAGAUGGAUAAGGCAUUACAGUUACUACAGAGCAUAGAUCCAUCGGACCCUAAACCUGAUUCUCCUGAUCUCCUGGAUUUAGAAGAUAUCUGCCAACAGAUGGGUCCCAUGAUAGAUGAAAAACUAGAAGAAAUUGAUAGGAAGCACUCGGAAUUGUCUGAACUAAAUGUUAAAGCCUUGGAAGCUUUGGAGCUCUACAACAAGCUCGUGAACGAAGCGCCUAUGUAUUCUACAUACUCGAAGAUGCAUUCAUCUGCACCCUAUCCACCCACGUCGGCUGGUGUUCCAGUGCAGUCCUAUCCCAUGCACCCUCACAGUGGGAACUAUGUGGUUCAUGGUGUUCCUCAAGGCUACAAUCCAGGAAGUGAUCAGAUUGGUCCACUGAGGUCCUUACCACCAACUAUAAAUUCUUCAGUAACUUCUCAGCCUGGUCAGGCAGCUUAUUUAAGCACCGGUCUAGAAUCCAGUUCUGCUUACAUGAACCAGAAUUCUUGCCUUCCACCUGCUAAUACAGUCCCUUAUGCCCAACAAAUGGGUAUGCCUAUGGAUAUGUUCACAUACCAGAACAAUGCAUCCAGUUUGCCUCAAGGAACAUGCUAUCCGGCAGUUCCAGCUCAUUCCCUUACACAGCAGCGAACAAAUUACCAUCAACAGCCUCUCCUGUGAAAAUGCAGUCUGUUCCUGAAAACAGUUUUGGAUGUUGCUGACCCUUGUCAUUUAAAUUGUCCCUCCAUUGAUUUAAAAGGAUACUUCUGCUCAAGGGAAAAGACAGCCAAGCAAUUUCAAAGUUAAAAAAGUUAAUUCAAGUUUAACACUUUUUUUCUUGCAAAGCUGUUUAAAUAAGAGGAGCUGCUAAUGUGUUAAAAGGCCUUCAGCACCCUGCCUUGCAUAGUGGUCUAUCAGCUCUACUCCCUAUUUAUAAUGAAGCCACUCUAGAGUAACUUUUCCUUGUGCUAUGUUUCAUAAGAAAAAGCUUGGAAGCAAGUUUAUAUGUGCAGCUUUUUCUGUUCAUUCUUUCCAGAGUUUAUUAAUGACAUUGUUUUUAUGGAACCUUUAAGUCUGAAGUGGUAUCUUGAAACCCAAUUAGUAGUUUAGCUAAUUUGCUUUUCAGUUUGGACCCCUGCUAGAUCAUCUUAACAGAUUGCAUUUUAUGAUUGUACAAUAAAGCAGUUGUGAAUUUGGGAGAAGAAAAUUUUGAAUGACAGCAGUUAAUGGACUUUUAUGGUUUCUGCCAGAUUGGAUUUCUUAUUUGCAUUUCUCAGAAAACUAGUGCUACUUAUUGCUAAGGAGUAGUUCUUAUUCCCUGUCUAAGAAGAGAAGAGUCUCAAGAUUGCAUUUUUAGUAUGUAAAUUAAUUUCCAAGCACAAGUUACUCUGAUGGAACUAGACCUUUUGCUCUGUCUUCUCUCUCUGCUUUCAUUCAGUGGUUUUGCUGAAUACUUAUUUGCAUGAAAGAGAAAUCUUUCAUAUUGGGAAGACAACAUUUAUGCCUCAAUUUAUUCACAGCAGCGAUCUAGGAGCAGAUGUCAUCUUCUUGGCCUCAACUAGCAAAUACACAUUUUUAAGAGUUAAGCAUCUAAAAUAAAUAUCAUGCAAAAAUAUAAUUGCAGUGUUCAGGGAUCAGAAAGACUCCUGCCCUGACAGAAAAUGAAAAGAAAGAUUCUGUGUUUUCUGUAGGUUUAUUAAUUCCUUGUUGACCAUUUACUUAUCCAGCUAUUUAACAUAAUCAUCUUUAAUAUAUUGUUUAUAGGUUACAUAUAGAUGAACCCUACUCUGCAAGCAGGGUGGGUAGUGAAAUGAACUAAUGAUUUAGCCUGAGCAAAAGGUAAUGAUGGCACACACAAAAAUCGAAAGGCAUUUAUACUUUGGUUUCAGAGCCCUUCUGAAAUAUGCACCGUCUGUUGUACAAAUACCUGUUACUUCGUAGUGAGGUCUGUGUUUGUCUAACUCAAAUCUGCCUGUUGUCAAGUGGCCCUUUCACUUCCUAUACUGGUGCUAAAUAGGCUGUUCAGAAGCAUGUUAGUGAUCAGCUGCUGUUCCAUUUUGGACCAAGUUGUGUGUGUGUGUGUGUGUGUGUGUCUUUCUUCUGGAACACUUGCUUGGUUGAUUAUCUAGCCAUGGUGGUUUCCUUUUUGUCUAGAAAUGGUAUAGAAUGGAAAAUGGGGCUCAAAUUAGCCUUUUCUGUUUUCAAAACUGAAUUAGUUUUAAAACGUGUUCUUUUAGCAUCCUUAUUAAGAGCAGGCCCAGUUUCCCCGUCGCCACCUCUCUCAGCCCAGAUAUUUGAUAAAUGAAAUGAUGACUUUUUGAUGAGUAUUUAACUCCUUCAUAUUAAUAAAUUACAUAAUCAGUUUUUAUUGAUUCACAAUCUUUGAUACUACGUUAAGUGGUGCCCAAAAUGUGACUGUGAUGUUAAGCUGAAGCAACCUUUUUCAUGGUAUUUUUUCUUUAUAUAUAAUAUAUAAAUAGUAUGGGUGUGUAUAUAUAUCCACUUGUCUGAUAUUUUAUACACAACAUUAUAUAUACUCAUUCUCUAAAAAAAAAUCAGUGAAAUUUUAUACAUAGCUGCAUUUUGCAUUAUUGCUAGUUGCUGUAAUCUUACAAUACAUUUAUGCAGGUUGUAUAUAUGUAUAAAUUCUGAUGUUGGAAUUGUGUAUUUAGUGUACUGGUGACAAUGGGAUCAUCUUUCCCUCUUCUCUUUUCUAGACUAAAACAUUAUUUAUUGCUGAGGUGUGAUCAUAAUUAUGCUGCCAAAGGAACUGACUACAGAUUUCCAUAGGGCCCAGACUCCAUUGACAUCAAUGAGUGCUUAGCUAUUGAUUUGAAUGGACUUAAGAAUGUACUGCAGGCAUACACCUAUUUUUAUAUUAAAAGCAAAUCCUUUGCUUUUCACAUGUUAACUAUUUAAGUAGAAAUUCUGACAGUUUGUAAUAAGGGUGGUAUUGUGCUUUGUUUCAUGGGUGUUAAAAUAAGGUACAGUUUCUUCUUGUUUUUGUUACCUUAAAUUGUAUACAAAUAUUUUUCCCUAUCUGAAUGUUGCCCAAGGGCAUUUGUCCAAUCCAUAUUGCCACCUGACUCAAGCUUCUUCUUCUUCUUCCUCUUCCUCUUCCUCCUCUUUUUUCUUUUUUUAAAAAAGGUUAACACCAAAUUAACAGUAAGUUCCCCAAGACCUCAACAUCUAUAUGCAUUCCAGUGUUUCUCCCCCACCCCAAUAAAUAUUUAAAUGGCUAAUCUUCUAAAUCUUUUGCUCUUUAUGUGUUUAUUUGGUUUUCAUUUGUACACUUUCCAUGUCCUGCAAACAUCUAGCAUAACCUGCUGAAAGAUUGCCAGUUAAGGGAUGGCUAUGUCAUGCUAUAACUGAUGACCUUUCCCUUAUUAUCUAUGCAUCAUUUCUCAAGAUAAGUGUUUUGCAGUGCAUAACCAAGUUUUCGUUGCUAUGAACUUAGUUUGUACAAGGCUUGACUGUCUUUCCCUUGGAAUAAUCUUAAUCCUUCCAUAGCAGUAGAUUAAAUUAUUUUGCUCUUGAUCUAACUGGUGAAAGGAAAGGGGAUGAAACGGAGCACUGGAAUUGGUGGAAUGCCUUCCAAAUAUGUACUGUUCAAGAAGUUCCCGUUGUGGUUGCUUGUCCAUGUUCAGGCUUAUGUUUUCUUCCCGUACCACAAAAAAACUUUCUGGGUGUUUUUACACGAUACUGUGUUCAGGCAACCGUCAGUAUUAACAACUGGAGAGCUGAUCAUAUUAAAUAUCCAUCCAGAUUCUUGUCUACAACAUGUUUGGGCUGACUUGGGCAAAUAAAACUUGUUUAACAAACAUA